GGAGGUCUGCGGGGUCUUGAGGGUCCAAACGUCUGUGCAGAUCUAGAGGUGCAGAGGAUUGAGAGGGUCUGCCGGUUUUCGAGUUUCUGAUGUCCGGAAGUUUUUAGAGUCCGGAAGUUUCUUCUAGUCUUAGAAGAAACCUAGUUCUUCUUCUCCUUGUUUAUUCUAGUUGUUUUUGGAGCAUCGGAGAUCAGCAGCAUGUUGGGGCUUCAGCUCGCGGUGCUGCUCGCUCUGCAGGUGCGUACCUGUGCUCAAGAGGGGGGGACCUUGGUGAGCGGUGACCUGGAUGAUGUUAGCCUUCCCGAGCUCAGUGACGUCUGCACUGAGGGCAGCUGUUACCCUGCAACAGGAGACCUACUGAUUGGCCGAGCCCACCAGCUGUCGUCCACCUCCACCUGUGGUCUGAACCGACCUGAACCGUUCUGCAUUGUCAGCCACUUGCAGGAAGAGAAGAAGUGUUUUGUGUGCAACUCGGCGGCACCCUAUGACGAGUUGACCAAUCAGACGAGCAGCCAUCGCAUUGAGAAUGUUGUAACAACAUUCGCUCCGAACAGACUGAAGACAUGGUGGCAGUCCGAGAACGGUCUGGAGAACAUUACCAUCCAGCUAAACCUGGAGGCUGAGUUUCACUUUACACACCUCAUCAUGACCUUCAAGACGUUUCGUCCUGCUGCGAUGGUGAUCGAGCGGUCAGCUGACUUCGGGAAGACGUGGCAGGUUUAUCGUUAUUUUGCCUACGACUGUGAGACGUCCUUCCCCUACAUUUCCCAGGGUCCAAUGCAGAAGGUCGAUGAUGUCAUCUGUGACUCGCGUUACUCAGACAUCGAGCCAUCCACUGAGGGAGAGGUGAUUUUCAGAGUUCUGGACCCGGCGUUCAGGAUCAACGACCCCUACAGCCCCAGAAUCCAGAACAUGUUGAAAAUCACCAACCUGCGGGUGAGGUUCACCAAACUGCACACGCUUGGAGACAAUCUGCUGGACUCUCGAAUGGAGAUCAAAGAGAAGUAUUACUACGCCAUCUACGACAUGGUGGUGCGAGGAAACUGCUUCUGCUAUGGACACGCCUCUGAGUGUGCCCCCAUCCAGGGAGCUGGACAGAAAAGGGAGGGUAUGGUUCAUGGUCACUGCAUGUGUAACCAUAACACUAAAGGUCUGAACUGUGAACAGUGUCAGGAUUUCUACCACGACCUUCCCUGGAGACCAGCCGAGGGACGCAACACCAACGCCUGCAAGAAGUGUAACUGUAACCAGCAUUCGGACUCAUGUCACUUCGACAUGGCCGUGUUCGUGGCUUCAGGAAAUGUCAGUGGAGGUGUUUGUGAUGACUGUCAACACAACACAGCCGGACACAAAUGUGAGCAGUGUAAACCGUUUUACUACCAACAUCCAGAGAGAGAUGUCAGAGACCCCAACAUCUGCCAACCCUGUAAUUGUGACCCUCUGGGCUCUCUGAAUGGAGGAAUAUGUGACCGGAUGACAGACGUUCGAGCUGGUCUAAUUGCCGGCCAAUGUCGCUGUAAAGUCAAUGUGGAGGGAGAACGCUGCGAGCUCUGCAAACAGGCACAUUACGGACUGAGUGACGAGCCCGAAGGCUGUAAAGCGUGUGCCUGCAGCCCUGUGGGAACAAUUCCUGGAGGAAAUCCCUGUGACAGUGAAACAGGAAGUUGUUUCUGUAAACGUCUUGUGACUGGACGAGAUUGUGACCAGUGUGUGUCUGAACACUGGGGUCUCAGUAAUGAUAUGGACGGCUGCAGACCAUGUGACUGUGAUCUAGGAGGAGCUGUCAACAACCAUUGUGAUCAGGUGAGUGGUCAAUGCAUCUGCAGAGAUCACAUGUUCGGUCGACGCUGCGAUCAGGUCGAGUCUGGAUUCUACUUCAUCGCUCUGGAUCACUACACCUACGAGGCUGAGGAUGCCAAAUUUGGACCAGGAGUGACAGUGGUGCCAAGGCCCCACCCUCAUGACCGUAGUCCCACCUGGACAGGUAUUGGCCUGGUCAACGUCCCAGAGGGGGCCUUCCUGGAGUUCUCUGUGGAUAACAUCCCUCACUCCAUGGAGUACGACAUCCUAAUCCGCUACGAGCCUCAGCUGCCUGACCAAUGGGAGGAGGUCCUGAUGACAGUGAUGAGGCCUGGACCAAUCAGAGCAGACAGCCGCUGUGUUAACACUGUACCUGAUGAUGACAACCAGAUGAUCUCUCUUCACCCUGGCUCACGGUAUGUGGUUCUUCCCAGAUCGGUUUGUUUUGAAUCUGGUCUGAACUACACCAUCCGCCUCAGCCUACCGCUGUACUCGGCCCUCAGUGAUGUCCAAUCUCCAUACACACUCAUCGACUCGAUCGUGUUGAUGCCGCACUGUAAGAACCUGGAGAUCUUUACGUCCUCAGAGGGAGGAGACUCCAGUGGGAACAGUGGCUGGGAAACUUUCCAGCGUUAUCGUUGUCUAGAGAACAGCCAGAGCGUCGUUAAGACGCCAAUGACAGACAUCUGCAGAAACUUCAUUUUCAGCAUCUCCGCUAUGUUGCACCAGGGAGCUAAAGAAUGCCAGUGUGACCCUCAGGGCUCCCUCAGCACCGUGUGUGACCCCAGUGGGGGUCAAUGUCAGUGUCGCCCCAACGUGGUCGGCCGGAACUGUGACAGAUGUGCUCCAGCCACGUUCCAAUUUGGACCCAAUGGCUGCAGAGCAUGUGCAUGCGACCCUCAGGGUUCACAGAGUCCGUUUUGUGAUCAGCUCACCGGUCAGUGUGUUUGUGUUUCGGGAGCGUAUGGUCGACAGUGUGAUCGCUGUCUUCUGGGUCACUGGGGUUUUCCCACCUGCCGACCCUGCUCCUGCAAUGGACAUGCCGACAACUGUGACCCCAACACCGGGCACUGCAUCAACUGUAGGGACCACAGCACCGGACACAGCUGUGACAGGUGUCUGGAUGGGUACUACGGUGACCCAGUGUUGGGGUCAGGUGAUCACUGUCGUCCCUGCAUGUGUCCCGACGGCCCCGGCAGCCAGCGGCAGUUUGCAGGAAGUUGUUACCGUGGCGAAGACUCCCAGCAGGCUAUAUGUGUCUGCAACGCCGGAUACAGAGGUUCUCGUUGUGACGAGUGCUCACCGGGUUACUAUGGAAACCCUGGUGAGCCGGGGGGGCAGUGUCAGCCCUGUCAGUGCAACAACAACAUUGACAUGUCGGACCCACAGUCUUGUAAUGCUCAAACCGGCGAGUGUCUGAACUGCCUGUACCACAGUGAGGGUGCCGCCUGCCAGAACUGCAAACUGGGUUACUACGGCAAUGCUCUGCUGCAGGACUGCAGGAAGUGUGUUUGUAACCAGUUGGGCAGCGCUCCCUCCAGCUGUCCAUCAUCCGGCGACUGUCACUGCGACCGCAGCAGCGGUCAGUGUCACUGCCUCCUGAAUGUAGUUGGCCAACACUGUGACCGCUGUGCGUCUGACACCUGGAACAUGGCGAGCGGCCGUGGCUGUCAGACCUGCGACUGCGACCCCAAACAUUCGUAUGGGACAUCCUGCAAUGAGAUUAGCGGUCAGUGUUCAUGUCACCCGGGUUUCGGAGGUAGAACAUGCAGCGAGUGUAGAGAGCUGUUCUGGGGAGACCCAGAGAUCAAAUGUCACGCGUGUGACUGUGAUCCUCGUGGUAUCUCCGAGCAGCAGUGUGACAAAGUCAGCGGUCACUGCGUCUGUGUGGAUGGAGUGUCCGGACCGCGCUGUGAUGUCUGUGCCCGUGGAUUCUCAGGAACCUUCCCUGACUGCCACCGCUGCCACCAGUGCUUCGCUGAUUGGGACGACACCAUUGGUCAGCUGACCAAUCAGACACACCGCCUUGUCAACAAGGUCAACGCCAUCAAAGCCAGUGGAGUCAGUGGACCGUACAAGAAGUCAAUUGACAGCAUGGAGAGAAGCGUAGCCGACAUCCAGGUCCUCCUAAAUCAGAACCCGGCCUCGCAACCGCUGACUGAGAUCCAGCACCUGCUGCAACAGGCCAGUGAACUGAUGAGGGCCCUGAGCCUGAUGUUGAACCACACGGAACAGACUCUGGUCCAGGUGGAGGAUCAGGACUCAACAGCAGAGACUAAAAUGAACUAUCUGAUGUCAGAUGCUCAGAAACUGGAGCGAACCGUUCAGGAGCUGCUGGAUCAGGUCGAGUUAAUCAAAAACUCUGACAUCAGAGGGGCGACGGACAGCAUCACUAAGUACUUCCUGCAGUCUCAGGCAGCUGAAGCUCGAGCCAACGCCUCCACCAUCGAUGCCAAGAGCCCCGUGGAAACUUCUGGGGCUCUACGGCAACUCACAGAGGACAAACUGAACCAAACCAGCGAGGGGUUCCUGAGGAGACACACUGAGCAUGCUCAGAGACUGGACGACCUAGCAGGGGAGCUGCAAACUCUGGACCUAUCAGGGAUCAGCCAUAAGACCUGUGGCAGUCCAUCACCGGAUCAGGAUUUGUGCUGGAACUCUCUCUGUGGAAGUCUAGGCUGUGUGGACUCUGAGGGUCAGACCAGGUGUGGAGGUGACGGAUGUGAGGGCGUGGUGACGACAGCCAACAACAUCUGGAGAAAGGCUCAAGAAUCGGAACAGGAAAUCAUCAGCGCCAUGGAGGAAGUGGAAAAACUGUCCAAGAUGGUGUCAGAGACCAAGCUGAAGGCAGACGAAGCAAAGCUGAGCGCUCGUGACGUCCUGAUGAAGACCAACAGAACCAAACAGAAAGUCGACCAGAGCAAUGCGGAGCUGAGAAGUCUCAUCAGACAGAUCAGAGACUUUCUAACACAGGAUGCUGCGGACCUGGAGAGCAUCGAGCUGGUGGCUAAUGAGGUUCUGGCUAUGCAAAUGCCAACCACACCGGCUCAGCUGCAGAACCUGACUGAAGAAAUCCGGCAGAAGGUGGGAGAACUGGGACAAGUGGAGACCAUCCUGCAGCAGAGUGCCGACGACAUCCAGAGAGCCGAGAACUUGCUGGACCAGGCCCGUCGAGCCAGUGAGGAGGCAGCUGAUGUUAAGGACUCUGCAGAGAAGGUGAAGCAAGCUCUGGAAGAAGCUCAGAGAGCUCAGACAGCUGCCAGCAGUGCCAUCCAGCAGGCUGCCGCCGACAUCCAGAACACCAACAACCUGCUGUCCUCCGUGCAGUCAGAGACAGCAGUUGCAGAGUUAAAGUUGAACAAUGCCACCCAGAGGCUGCAAAGGCUCGAGCAGGAUGUAACGCUGCUGAGAGACAAAGCUCUGAAUGUCUCUCUGAGCUCCGAACAGACCAAUCAGGACGCAGCAAGCAUCAGAAAGAUCGCUGAGGAGGUGAAGAAGGAUCUGGACUCAGACCUGAAGGAUAAGUAUUCCAGAGUGGGUCAGCUGAUUGGUCAGAAGGCAGGAGGUGUGGCUGAUGCCAAGAAGAGGGCAGAGUUACUGCAGCAAGAAGCCAAAGAGCUGUUGUUGCAGGCAAGCGACAAGCUGCAGCUGCUGAAAGAUCUGGAGAAGUCGUACAAAGACAACCAGCGGACUCUGGAGGUGAAGGUGGAGCUGCUAGUGGACCUUGAGGCCGCUGUGAAGGAGCUGCUGCAGGAGAUCAGCCACAAGGUCACCGUUUAUAGUACCUGUCUGUUCUAGGGUAAAAUGUCACAUUCAGAAGGUCAAACUGACAUGUAUGGAACAUGACAUGUAUUUUUAACCUGAACCUACUUACCUUUUCAUAGAGAAGAAAAAGACCAAAAAUUACAAACUUUAUUUAACUGUUUUGCUUUUUUAAGAUGAAACCACUCUGACAAAGAUAUUGAAUGUUUAAUUUUCAACUAAUUUACAAAUUUGAAAGCCUUUUAAUUUUUGUGUGUUCUUGAGUGAGUCAUGACAUUUUUAAACUGCUGCCACUUUUAUUUACACACAAAAAUAAUGAAGCUAUGAAAGAAAAUUUAAGCAGAUACUGAACAAUAAAACAUUUAAAAACCACAGUUUGAUCCUUUAACAGUUGUAAAAUUAAUUAAAUCUAUCAAAAUAAUUCAGAAGCAGCUGAAAUUCAUCAAACUGAUUGAUUUGACAUGAUUGAAUUUAUUUGUCUGGAAAUGUUGUUAAACUUAAAAUUCCGCUGCUUUAAACAUUUUAAAUUUUGAGGUUUUAAUCUGUUGGAAUGUCUUUGUGAAUGUAAUACAGUCAAAGUACUGACUGUAAAUCAUUUGAUUCCAGUUUAACUAAAUGUUUAAAGUUGAAAAAAAGUGAAUGUUUAAACCAUGUGACUGCAACAGUUUCGUUUUUUUGUACUACUUUUAAUUUGUUCCUAUGUGGCCAAAACUUUGAACCCAAAAUGAUUUUUAAUAAAAACUUCCAGUUUGAAUUACA